GCCUAUGACAGUGAUGCUAGUCCAGUUCCAGUAGCAGUGUUCCAUUUCAUUUCAUUACUCAUUUGUGAAGAAAUUAGUCUGGGUGCUUUGAAUCUGUUUGAUUUGUUUUGUAUCUGUGUACAAAAGAAUUUCAGGUCGUCUGGCACUGUAACUUUUUAAAUAGUUGUUAUUUUUAUAAAUUUGAUUAAUAUUUGUUCUUCCUAAAUCGACUGUUCUAUAAUGUAGUGUUUUGUGUUAGGUUAUCUUAUUGACUAUGCGUAAAACAUUCGAUGCUGUGACUAAUACAAGGAUAAAAUAAAGAAGACAAUAAUUGAGCUUAUCUAAUCGUAAAUUAUAUUUAAAAAAAAAAUCACUCGAUCACUAAUUCUUGCAAAAUUACACUUGGAUGUCAGAUAGUGAUUUUGAAUUGGCAAAUGAGAAUACUGCUCUAAUCAUGGAUGGUCAUGUUGUUGAAGUUCGGCCUGAUUCAGUUGGUGAUAGAGUUGGCCGGAAAAGAAAACCAAACCAAGGCAGUAUCUCAGGAUCUACCAGCAGGGCACGGGCUGGAGGGGACCGAGGUGGCAACACUGGCAGUAAUUCCCCGGUUGAACCAAUAGCAGACCACUCACAGAGUGAUGGCCCUCCACAGGAUUGGGAUGAUGAGGAGGAGCUCAAGUAUGGAGCAGCUCAUGUCAUCAAGCUAUUUGUUCCCGUCUCUCUGUGCAUGCUGGUUGUUGUGGCGACAAUGAAUACCGUCGGAUUUUACAAAACAAAGGAUGUGUACUUAGUAUACACACCUUUUCAUGAAGAAUCCAGUGAUUCUGGGACCAAAAUAUGGAAUGCCCUAGCCAAUGCUCUCAUCCUAAUGGUUGUCAUUGUGAUUAUGACAGUUGUCCUCAUUCUACUGUACAAAUAUCGCUGCUAUGAAAUUAUUCAUGUGUGGCUGAUUUUGUCUUCUCUGAUGCUUCUGUCCAUAUUUUCUUAUCUCUAUUUAACAGAAAUCUUACGAGCUUACAACAUCCCGUGUGACUACUUCACCGUUGGCUUAUUGAUGUGGAACUUUGCUACGAUGGGUAUGAUAUGCAUCCACUGGAAGGGUCCCCUACGUAUGCAGCAGGCUUACUUGAUAUUCGUGGCAGCUCUCAUGGCCCUCGUGUUCAUCAAGUACCUCCCGGAGUGGACAACAUGGGUGGUGCUCGGCGUUAUAUCCAUUUGGGAUUUGGUUGCAGUACUUACUCCUAAGGGUCCAUUGAGGAUUCUUGUUGAAACUGCUCAGGAGCGGAACGAGCAGAUAUUUCCUGCACUCAUUUAUUCAUCGACGGUGGUGUACAGCAUGGUGAAGAUGACAGCUGAGAACACCCAAGACUCGUCCAGCCAGCAACAAGAGAGUUCUAGUAACACAACCAGCCCCAACACCACUAGUCCAGGAGACCCAGAGAGUGGGUUCACACAGGAGUGGGCUGAGAGUCAUGAGGAGCGGGCAGCUCACAGAGCCCAGCAGGUCGGUAGGAGCUACACUAACAAUCGCCAUCAGCCUGCUCCCACCCCUGCGUCCACCUCUGACAAUGCCAUCGGACCUUCUCAGCUUCCUCUCACGUGUAGCGACGACGAGGAACGUGGUGUAAAACUUGGUCUUGGAGAUUUCAUCUUCUACAGUGUCCUUGUUGGAAAAGCAUCUUCAUACGGAGAUUGGAACACAACUCUGGCCUGUUUUGUAGCUAUUCUCAUCGGUCUUUGUCUCACCUUGCUGCUGUUGGCUAUAUUCAAGAAAGCGCUGCCAGCUCUCCCGAUCUCCAUAACGUUUGGUCUCAUUUUCUACUUCGCCACUCGAGAAAUUGUCCAGCCGUUUGCUGACGUUUUGGCAACACAACAAGUGUUCAUAUAGUGGAAUGUAAUCCAGAUGUGAUAGUUGCUCUGUGUUUAAAAUAUGCUAAUAUUGACUAAUUUUGAAUAUAAAUUAAUAAGAACUGUGACAACUCAUUGUGUACUUUUGAAACCUGCAUUUAGUGUGUAACAAGUUGUAUUUGACUAAAUGAUAAUAGUCAUUCACUAUUAAUAAAAUUUUAAUGUUACUUAAAUUUAAGCAUCUAUAACUUAUAAUUGCUUAGUUUAGUGAUCCUAUACUUUAAGAGCUGUUUAAUUUGAUCUUAUUAUAUACAAUUUUAUUUAAAUCUCUUGUAUAUAACUGUAAAAGAUAUUAUUUUUACUUAAUUAAAGAAGUUCAAAAAAAAAAAA